AUGUCGGACUGGACGUCGGGCAUCAUGCCACUGCACCAGGUGCACAAGGCUCCCUUCACCGUCGAGGCUCCUGGCUACGAGAAGAUUCCUGGCGAAACCAUUCCUCGACGUCAUCCCAAGGCCAAGGACGGUCUCAUCAACUAUCCUGCUCCCGAUGCCAGGACUGUCUUCCAGAUCGCCGAGCGUAGUGCUCGACUCUACCCAAACCACCAUGCUGUCGGUGCUCGCAAGUUGAUCGAGAUGCACAAUGAGAAGAAGAAGAUCAAGAAGAAUGUCGAUGGCGAGGUUCAGGAAGUCGAGAAGGAGUGGUCAUACUUCGAGUUGACUGGCUUUGAAUACCUUACUUACAAGCAGUAUCUCGAGCGCGUUCUACAGAUUGGUUCCGGUCUAAGGAAAGUCGGAUUAACCAGCGAGGACAAGCUUCACGUUUUCGGCACUACCAGCAUCGGCUGGAUCUCCACCUCUCACGCUGCUGCCUCUCAAUCCAUCUCGAUCGUCACAGCAUACGAUACGCUCGGUCCCAGUGGCGUUGAACACUCUCUUGUGGAAACCAACUGCGCUGCCAUGUAUGUCGAUUCGCAGCUUCUCAAGACUGCCUCAGAACCCAUCAAGAAGUCGUCAGUCAAGGUCGUCAUCGUCAACGACGGAACCAUCUUUUCCAAGGGAGGCGAGCUCGAGAAGUUCAAGGCAGACCACCCUGACCUGAAGGUCAUUACUCUCGAGGAGCUCCGCAAGCUCGGCGAAGAGAACCCUGUCGAGCCCAACCCGGCCAAGCCAGAAGACCUUUACUGCAUCAUGUACACUUCUGGUUCAACGGGUCUACCCAAGGGCGCUUGCAUUACUCACGAAGCUCUCGUUGCUGGCAUUACCAGCUUGUAUACCUGUGUCGAAGAAUGUGUAAGCGACAAGGAGUGCAUUCUUGCCUACCUCCCCCUGGCCCAUAUCUUCGAAAUGGCUCUCGAAAACCUGGUUAUGUACAUCGGUGGUACGCUCGGAUACGGCAACCCUCGAACACUGUCGGAUGCGUCGAUGAAGAACUGUCCUGGUGAUAUGCGCGAGUUCAAGCCCACCGUCAUGGUCGGUGUUCCUCAGAUCUGGGAAACCGUCAGAAAGGGUAUCACCGCCAAGUUGGAGGCUGCUAGCCCUCUUCUCAAGAACGUGUUCUGGGGUGCCUACAAUUGGAAGGCGUUUGCUUCCAAGAACAAGCUGCCUUUCGCUGGGUUGUUCGACAGCCUCGUAUUUGGCAAGGUCCGUGAAUUGACAGGUGGUCGUAUGCGCUUCACUAUGAAUGGUGCUAGUGGUAUUUCUGACGGCACAAAGAAUUUCAUUUCGCUGGUCGUUGCUCCCAUGUUGGCCGGUUAUGGUCUCACUGAGACAUGCGCCAAUGGCUCGCUGGGCUGCCCGCUUGAGUUCUCUCCCGACGCCAUUGGCCCUACUCCUUGUGCUUGCGACGUCAAGCUCGUUGCGCUCCCUGACUUGGGCUACUCCACCGAGGCCAAGGUUCCUCAGGGUGAGAUCUGGAUCAGGGGUCUGCCCGUUAUGACCAAGUACUGGAACAACCCUGAGGAGACCGAGAAGGCUCUCACCCCUGAUGGUUGGUUCAAGACCGGUGACAUCGGAGAGUUCAAUGAGCAAGGCCACCUCCGGGUCUUUGAUCGUGUGAAGAACCUUGUCAAGAUGCAAGGUGGCGAGUACAUCGCUCUUGAGAAACUCGAGUCCGUGUACCGUGGCGUACAGUCAGUAGGCAACGUCAUGGUUCACGCUGACCCUGAGCACUCACGACCUAUCGCUGUUAUCAUGCCUAAUGAGAAGGUUAUGCAAGAUAAGGCCAAGGAGCUGGGCAUUGAUGAGCACAACCUCCAUACCCUCCACACUAACCCCAAGAUGGUGAGCUUUGUUCUCAAGGAUCUUCAGACUGCUGCAAAGCGUGCUGGUUUGAGCGGUAUGGAGACUGUCACUGGUGUCUUGAUCACAGACGAAGAAUGGACCUCUGACAACGGACUUCUUACUGCUACUCAGAAGCUUAACCGACGAAAGAUCACCGAGCACUUCAAGAAGGACAUUGCUGCCACGCUUGAACGCUCGUAA